AACUGUUACCUUUUCUAACCAAGCUUUAUUGAAACUCUUGUAGGCUGGGAAUGGAACACGAUGGUCAAGGAAACCGGUGUGGAGAUGAAACCAGCAUGGGAAGUGUCAUGGCACCCUUGGUCCAAGCCGCAUUUCACCGUUUUCACUGGUCUCGGUGCAGCGGGCAAGAGCUCAAGCGAUAUCUUCAUUCCUAUGACUGUCUGCUGGAUGACCCAUUUGAGCAUGAUUGGCCCAAACUUCCUGAACUGCCAGGAAUCAACUAUUCAAUGGAUGAACAAUGCCGCUUUGAUUUUGGAGUGGGUUACAAGAUGUGCACAGCCUUUCGCACCUUCCAUCCAUGUAAGCAGUUAUGGUGUAGCCAUCCUGACAACCCAUUUUUCUGCAAGACAAAGAAAGGGCCUCCUUUAGAUGGAACAGAGUGUGCCCCUGGAAAGUGGUGCUACCAGGGUCACUGUUUGUGGAAGACUUCAGAGCAGGUAAAGGUAGACGGCAACUGGGGACCGUGGAGCAAACUUGGGUCGUGCUCUCGAACCUGUGGCUCUGGUGUCCGCUUUCGAACUCGACAGUGCAGUAACCCAGUGCCUGCAAAUGGUGGUCAGGAUUGUCCUGGUGUAAACUAUGAAUACCAACUGUGUAAUAAAGAAGAUUGCCCACGUCAUUUUGAGGACUUCCGAGCACAGCAGUGUCAGCAACGAAAUUCACACUAUGAAUAUCAGAAUGCUAAACACCAUUGGCUUCCAUAUGAACAUCCUGACUCAAUAAAAAGAUGCCAUCUGUACUGUCGAUCUAAGGAAAUGGGAGGAGUUGUCUACAUGAAACAAUUAGUGCAUGAUGGGACUCGUUGUUCCUAUAAAGAUCCAUACAGCAUCUGUGUACGAGGUGAAUGUGUGAAAGUCGGGUGUGAUAAAGAAAUUGGCUCAAACAAAGUGGAUGACAAGUGUGGAGUAUGUGGUGGGGACAACUCCCAUUGCAGAACAGUGAAAGGAACAUUUACCAGAACACCAAAGAAGUCAGGUAGGAAAACUCUGAUUUAUACUGAACUUCGUCUUUGAAAUAUGGUUGAAAUAUUGUGGUAGAAUUUCCAGGAGUGUUUUGCAAUCUCCCAUGGAAGUUACCACUGAUUAUAAUACACCCUGAUCUAUGUUAGAGAAAUACAGUUGGAAUAUCUUUCAGGAAUUUUUCUCAACUCUUUAAAUUUUGAAAACAGAUCAACUGAAACAUGUAAAUUGGGACUUUGCCCCAAACUUCUGGUGGCUGACCAGGACUUCAGAGGAGAAUAUUCACAGAUACUUCAGACGUACAACAAUGUAUGACAUGUAAAGAUGAUGGGGAUAGUAACAAUGUUCACUAUUUUACAUAUGAAAAC